AUGAUGCUGCGGCUACCUACCCUGGCCCCGAAGGCCUCGCGCCCGCUGUCGCGCGCACUACACGCCUCCGCGCCCUCCAGCUUCCUCGUGCGCUCGCUGGAGGACGUGCAGCAGAGCCGCCGCGUGAUCACGAGCGACGACGGCGCCCUCGAGACGCGGCGCUACCUGGUGCGCAACGACGAGUGCGGCUUCUCUCUGCAGCAGGAAGUGCUCAAGAAGGGCGCGCCCGUGCGUCUCGAGUUCCAGAACCACGUGUACGCGCUGCUGGUGACGCGCGGCAGCGGCCGCGUGCGGCUGCUGGACGUGGGCAAGGGCCAGACGCAGGACGUGAGUGAGGGCUCGCUCGUGGCGCUCAACGCCGCCGAGGCCGUGGAGAUCGAGGCCACGAGCGACGAGCUGCACGCCGUGAGCGUCAUGAACCCGCCGGUCUUCGGCGUCGAGAAGCGCAGCCCCACCACGGGCGUGUUCCCGGCCGUGGACCCGGACGGAGAGGAGCUCGAGAGCUUCGACCUCUCCAGUGUGGACAGGAUGUUCACGGCGCCCGAGUCGCUCAAGGGCGGUAGCGCCCCAAUGAAGGACGACCCGCUCUUCUAG